UAAUAUGAUUCAUCACCUUCCAUAAACCCUCUCUCUCUCUCUCUCUCUCUCUCUGAGGCAGCCAUGGAUUCCUCCAAGAUCCAUGCCCUCUUCCUUAUCCUCAUGCUCUGCCUCUCCUCGGCCGCCCCCAUCCUCGGCUGCGGCUCCUGCAGCAGGCACGCCCCGAAGCCCAAGAAGCCUGGCCACAAGCACCACCGCAAGGGGCCCAUCGUUGUUGUACCGCCCAUCACAUUGCCGCCGAUCGUCAAGCCGCCAGUCACAUUGCCCCCAGUCACAUUGCCCCCCAUUGUCAAACCACCUAUAACCCUCCCACCGAUCGUCAAGCCGCCCAUCACCCUACCCCCCAUUGUUGAGCCGCCCAUCACCCUACCCCCAAUUGUUGAGCCGCCCGUCACCCUACCCCCAAUUGUUAAGCCGCCCAUCACGGUGCCCCCCGUGACCGUACCCCCCAUCACCGUCCCUCCCAUCACUGUUCCCCCCGUCACCAAGCCCUGCCCGCCCCCACCGACGACCCCGGCAACGUGCCCAAUCGACUCACUCAAGUUAGGGGCUUGUGUGGACUUGCUGGGAGGAUUGGUGCACAUAGGGCUUGGCGACCCGUUGGUGAAUGAGUGUUGCCCAGUGCUUAAAGGGCUUGUCGAGCUCGAAGCGGCAGUGUGCUUGUGCACUACCCUCAAGCUCAAGCUCUUGAACCUCAGCAUUUAUGUCCCUCUCGCUCUUCAGCUCCUGCUCACUUGUGGCAAGGCUCCUCCUCCCGGUUACACUUGCUCUCUCUAGAUCCAAGUUGCUUAGAUUGCCGGACACGCGGAUGAGUUCA